CUUCCGCCAUCGGUUUUCGAAGUUCUUCCCGUUUUGUGCUCUGGUGGUUGGAAGGUCAGUAAGAGAAGAGGACAAGGUUGGAAGCAUGGUCUACAGAUUUUGUACUACAAGGUGUAGGAAUUCGUAACAGAAGUCGUUCAGAGGGGGAGGGGGCGGUCAGUGUCAUUGCUGCAAAAUGAUAUCAGAGGAGGAUGAGAAGAGGAAACAGGAGACUAGCAAGAGCAGCAGUUCAUGGCCGCAAGACACACCCUACGUAGAAAGGGAAGGACAGGAGAUGAAGGUGUGGGGAAUUCUCUUGUUCGGCCUGAUUGGCGCCACAGUCACCACAUUCGCUGUUGGACAACUGCGGAGGACGUUUGACAGGAUCUACUCUGAGCUGACCAGGUCGAAGGGUACAACUGGUGGUUCAUUUCGUUCAAGUUUCAAGGAGGAAGCAUGGAAACGAUAUAAUCGCCGAUUGCAAGAGGACUAUGACGAGGAAAUGGAGAGAGUGGAGCGGAUAAGGCGUAUGCAAAGUUUGUUCAACAGAGAACGAAAUAAAUAUAAGAGGAGCUACGAGAGAUGGAGAGAAAAUGACCCCGGGGCAUAUCAUCAACAUUUUCAGCGGGAUGAUUGGUAUUGGACGACUGAUACAUCCUACAAACAACAAAGGGCUAAUUCCAGGGCAACCCCCCAAGAGAGUGGAAAUUAUUCAUUAUCACAUCACUACUCAGUUUUGGGCCUUGACAGGUGGAGAACAACACCGUACACGGACACGGAAAUUAAGAGAGCUUUCAGAGCAAAAGCAAUGCAGUACCACCCAGAUCAAAACCGGGAUAAUAAAGAGGCUGCUGAGGCGAAGUUCAAAGAGGUGCUUAUGUCCUAUGAAGCCAUCAAAUCAGAAAGAAAGAAUGAGAAGCUCUAACAGGCAAGGAGUACUAGAGAUUUCAUAUUUUCA